AGAUAUUGAAGAUAAAGAUAAUGAAUUUGAAAAAAAAAUAGAAGAUGAUUUUGAAGAAGAAGAAUUAGAGAAACAACUCUAUACAAUGACAAUAUUUAGUAAAGAAGAAAACCUUGGUGAGAUACACAAUAAAUUAGAUUUAGAAUAG